GCUCCGAAAUGGCGGCGGAGCGGGAGGAGGAGGUGGCGGAGCGGGGCCCUGGCGCGGCCUACCAGGCCUUCGUGCUGAUGGAGGAGCUGCGGGACAAGCUGAAGCUGCUGGGCUGCGAGGAGGAGGAGGCGCUGCGGCGGCACAACAUGCGCCCGAUCUCCAGGCACUACUUUGCCCUGCCCACUAAUCCUGGUGAGCAGUUCUUUAUGUUUUGCACACUUGCCGCUUGGCUGAUCACUAAAGCAGGACGUCCCUUUGAGCAGCCACAAGAAUACGAUGACCCCAAUGCAGUAAUAUCAAACAUACUCUCAGAGCUGCGUUCGUUUACUGGACAGACUUUCCCUUUAUGUGUAGAAAUGAGCAGAAAUGAGGCCAUUCGGCGGAAGAAGAAGAUGGAAGGGGACCUCAAUGAAAUGGAAAUUCAGCUCAGCCAUGCCAACAGGCAUGCUGCAGAAGCAACGAAGUCAACACGUGUCCUGCAAACACAAAUAAAGGAACUUCAGGUGCAGCUGGAUGACUCCGGGCAUGUGAAUGAAGAUCUGAAGGAACAGCUGGCAGUCUCUGACAGGAGGAACAAUCUUCUCCAGUCGGAGCUGGACGAGCUGAGGGCUUUGUUGGACCAGACUGAACGGGCAAGGAAGCUGGCAGAGCAUGAGCUGCUGGAAGCCACCGAACGUGUGAACCUUCUGCAUACUCAGAACACCAGCCUAAUCAAUCAGAAGAAGAAGCUGGAAGGUGACAUUUCCCAGAUGCAGAAUGAAGCGGAGGAAUCAAUACAGGAGUGCCAAAAUGCAGAGGAAAAAGCUAAGAAAGCAAUCACAGAUGCAGCAAUGAUGGCUGAGGAGCUUAAAAAAGAGCAAGAUACUAGUGCUCACUUAGAGAGAAUGAAGAAGAACAUGGAACAAACCAUUAAAGAUUUCCAGAAAUGAUUGGAUGAGGCAGAACAAAUAGCCCUGAAAGGUGGCAAGAAACAGAUCCAGAAACUGGAAUCCAGGGUUCGUGAACUGGAGAAUGAACUUGAGACUGAACUCCGUCGCAAUUCAGAUGCCCAAAAAGGAGCCCGCAAGUUUGAGAGGCGCAUUAAAGAGCUGACUUAUCAGUCAGAAGAAGAUAAGAAGAAUCUGGCCCGGAUGCAGGAUCUGAUUGAUAAGCUACAACUAAAAGUGAAGAGCUACAAGCACCAAGCAGAGGAAGCUGAAGCACAAGCCAAUCUGAACCUUUCCAAGUACAGAAAACAGCAACAUGAUCUGGAUGAUGCUGAAGAAAGGGCUGAAAUAGCUGAAUCUCAAGUUAAUAAGCUGAGGAGCAAGUCGAGAGAUAUUGGCAUGAAAAAGGUUCAUGAAGAGGAGUAAGUGCGGUCCAAGCUGACAAAUAUGAGAAGAUGAUUCAUAUAAUCAGGCAUAACCAAAAGCAGGUGUAUGGGGAAAAAAAAAAAAAAAAAGCACUU